ACCAGCCUCAUCAACCAGAAGAAGAAGAUGGAUGCAGACCUGUCCCAGCUUCAGACUGAAGUGGAGGAGGCCGUGCAGGAGUGCAGGAACGCUGAGGAGAAGGCCAAGAAGGCCAUCACAGAUGCUGCCAUGAUGGCAGAAGAGCUGAAGAAGGAGCAGGACACCAGCGCCCACUUGGAGCGCAUGAAGAAGAACAUGGAGCAGACCAUCAAGGACCUGCAGCACCGGCUGGACGAAGCCGAGCAGAUCGCCCUCAAGGGCGGCAAGAAGCAGCUGCAGAAGCUGGAGGCCCGGGUGCGGGAGCUGGAGAAUGAGCUGGAGGCAGAGCAGAAGCGCAACGUGGAGUCGGUCAAGGGCAUGAGGAAGAGUGAGCGCCGCAUCAAGGAGCUGACCUACCAGACGGAGGAGGACAAGAAGAACCUGCUGCGGCUGCAGGACCUGGUGGACAAGCUGCAGCUGAAGGUCAAGGCCUACAAGCGCCAGGCCGAGGAGGCAGAGGAACAGGCCAACACCAACCUGUCCAAGUUCCGCAAGGUGCAGCACGAGCUGGAUGAGGCAGAGGAACGGGCAGACAUCGCUGAAUCCCAGGUCAACAAGCUGCGGGCCAAGAGCCGCGACAUUGGCGCCAAGCAAAAACUGCAUGAUGAGGAGUGACACCGCCUCAGG